ACCAACUGCACGCAUUUUGCCUGGUCGAACUGGAAUGGCGGAACGUGCACACUGAAAGGCGGCUCGGUUAGCAAACAGGAUGCCGUGGACAGCGGAGACUCCUCCACGGUGUGCGGCGUGAUUCGUGAUAGAGCGGCGGAGGUGGUCAGUCGAGCGGCGGCAUCCAGUGGCAAGGCAACUGGGCGAUGGGCUGCGACUUCCCGGGCAACGAUCUCGGUCAGGCGGCGAUGCCUGGCGAACGCUGCGGCGGACAUUGUGCCAGCAACCCGGCCUGCACGCACUUUGCAUGGUCCAACUGGAACGGCGGCGUCUGCACGCUCAAGGGCGGAUCCAUCAGCAAGGCAAACGCUAUCAAUAGCGGCGACACAUCCACAGUCUGUGGAGUCAUCCGCGAAAAUCCGGAAAAUAGUGGUGGACAGCCGUCCGGCUCAAACAGAGUGUUUGAUGUGUUGGCAACGCGCCAUGCUGCGCACGAAUCCGGGUCUUGUGAACUGCCAUCCGCUUCUUAUACUGUUCAGUGGCCAGUGAGGCUGGGCGAUAUUGGUUCUUUGCAGGAUCUAAAAUAUUCACCUGGAAUGUGCGGACAAGUGCUGAACAUUGACUGCAGGAGCGGAGCGCUGGAUACCAUCGUCAACAACGCCAAUUUGGGCGGAGGCCUGGAUCUAUACGCUUCGACGUGGGAUCGCGCAACCGACAGCAAGCCCCCUGGUGAAAGUAGAUGCUCGGUCAUUCUCUCCACUCGCAAUGCUAUGGACGCGAAUGGCCCACAGUGCUUCUAUGCUCCCACAUCAGAAAAGAACAACGCCUUUUUCAAACUGUUAGGCGUUUUCAACACUAACGGCCAGGUGGGGGUAAGCGCCAGUCUGGACGGACGACCCGGAUCGUUCAACGGACUGCAGCCGUACUUCGCCUUCCAUGGUGGUCCCAUUGAUUCUGGAGCGCAAGCGGUGUUUAGGUUUUCUGACGGCUCGACCUUCAGCACUUCUUUGCGAGACUGUAUAGCACAAAGCGGAGUCCAAAUGUGGAGUUGACCUUUUUGUAGCGGCUCUUGAAAUCUUGGUUGUACUGCAUAAGUGACUAAAGCUGGACCAUAAACUGGCGAAGAG